AUGGAUCCACCUCGUGGCGAACACCUUGUCAUCAAUGGUUUUGACAUUACAGACGCCACUUACCGUAUGAAACUCGCUUUGAAAAAUCAACCAUGGAAAUUGUCACUGGAGGAUUACUUGCACCAAAUACUUGCAUCCACGUCCGUAUUGCUCUUGACUCCCUGCGCAUUUUCCGAUAAAAUCCAAUCAUUCUUCGAACAAGAGAACUGGACGGCUGCCAGCGCCGCUAUCGAAAACAUUUACAAAAUUCAACAGCCAUGCUUACCUAUGACACUGCAGCCAGGCUUCUUUCGAUCUCUGAGCUUUGCUCACGCUUUAUUGAUCCAUUUCUCUCGUAUUUGUUUUGACGAGCCUGACCAAGGUGUAUACUUACGCUGGACAAAUGAAAUAACGUUGGAAGCCAAGCAACUAUCCUGCAACAUGCGCCCGGACCUAACAAUCACCAAAACCGUUGGUCUCAAGUGGGCAAAAAGCCUUGGAUAUGGAGAGGCCAAACCUGCUGCGCGGGAAACUGAUCAUUACCUGGUUUGUCAAGAUUUAAUUAAGGUGGCACUGUUCUGCAAACAUUCAUUGGACGAGCAGCUGAUGGACGGUGUGCUUGGUAUACAUAUUGUCGGUCAAAUCAAGGUGCCGGACUCAAUCAAGGGAUUGUCUGGGUUCAUACCAGAACUCCCAUCUAUCCUCAAGGUUCUGGGUGUGUUCGAUUCAGUAUGUGUUUGUUCCCUCACACCCGACGUCAUUGCCCGUCGACGCGCUCCCACACUGCCGUCCAAAACGUUUCAACAUAUAAUCUCGGAAUCAAAGAGCCGAAAACGAUCCUGUCACCUUCGACGCAGACGCACUUAA